CUCUCUCAAUUCUAGUUACAAGAGAACGGAUAUUUCCAUUUCUCAAACAACAACAUGGCGGCCACAGUGACAACCAAAACAUCACACACUGCCUUACCGAUUAAAAUAUCACAGCAACAACAACAACCUUCACCCACACUCUCCAAACGUGGACAUAUACGAUCGGCAUCACUGGAAAAUGCCAAUUCACUAGUGUCCAAAAACACAUUGGGUCUGCCACAGGUGCAGGCCAGCAACACAGGCACGCUAAAGUCACGUAACGAACAGAAACGUAUGCGCAACAAAUUUGGUAGUCAUAGUAAUUUGGAAGAUUUUGUACAGCAUGGUCGUAAUAAAUUCAAUAACAUUCGUCAAAUGUUUGAAUUGACAAAAUCCAGUACAAAAAAUAACACCACUAACAACAACAUAGACACAUCAAAUGAUUGUAGUAAUCAAAUGCAAUCAUUACCACCAAUGAUGACACAAUCAUUAACAUCGGCCACAAUGAAAUACGCAACACAACCGAUGCAACAGGCUCAAGGUCAAAAGAGAACCGCCUCAUAUAUACAACAAACGCAAGUGCAAAGAAAACCAUGUUCAACAACAAUAACAACAACAUCAUCGUCGUCGUCAAUACAGGCACCGGCAACACCAACUUCUAUAAGCGGAUGCGGAAGUGGUGGUAGUCGUAGUAGUAUAACGGAACUUAAUGAACGUUUAAAUAUAACGGAGUGUUUAGAAGCGAACAAUAAUAAUAAUAGUAAUACUAACAAUAAUAACCAUAAUAUUAAUAACAAUAGCAAUCAAAUGCGCUUGCAGCAGCAGCAACAACAACAACAGCAACGUUUACAAACACAUACAGCUUUAGUGCAUAAUACUAAUCAACAACAACAACAGCAUCAUCAUCAGCAGCAACAACAAAUACAUCAUCAUCAGCAGCAACACCAACAGCGUAGUGCAAGUGAUUUGUCUCAUAUUCAACCGAUUGAAGAAAAUCAUGAACAACAGACAUCAACAACAACAACAAAUACAAAUCUUUUACGCCCGAUUGCUUUUAAGCCGAUCCCUUUUGAACCGGACUAUACUCUGCCCCAACGUUAUUGUGAUGUCGUUACUUCUGCUCAGGCUCAUUCAGCUGCACACUCAGCAACAGCCUCACAUAAUGUGGGCGAUCGUUAUGGUUCGACACCUUCAUUGGCUGCAGCACCAGGUUCUAACAUGAGAUUUGGCAGCACGACCGAUUUGAGGCAUGGCGGUAGCGGAGGAGGUAUUGGUAUUAUUGGCGGCGGAUGCGGCAAUGGUGGAGUUGGUAUUGGAGUCGGUGGUAUGGCAGGUGUUGGUGGUGGCAGUGGUUGUAUUGGAGGUUUUGUUGGUGGUUAUUCAAGCAAUAAUUAUUGCAACAGCCUUAUGGCACGUCGACGUGGUUCCAGAUCGUUGAAGAUCAACGAUAGUAUGGAAUCAAUUCGACACACACCGGAUUCAGAUGUUAAUAGCCAAAGUGGUACUAUCAAAUCCAAUGGUAGCAAUUGCAGCAGCAACAUUAAUAAUAUGAUGAGUAACAGCAUUACAAUGGGCAGCUCAAGUAUGACGUCCAGUAAAUAUUGUUUAUCGAAUGAUCAAUGCGAUAUGACACCAUCACCCUCAGAUUCGGGCAUUUCAGAAUUGGAAGCUGCUCUCAAGGACAGGGACUCGGAAUUGUCUUAUUUAAGACAAACCAUGGAACACAAUGAGAAAGUAAUUUUCACAGUACAAAAGGACAAGGAAAACUAUUGGGAAAGCGAAACGAAACGUCUAAAAUUAUACUAUGAAGCCCAGCAACGUGAAUAUAUGUUAAAAAUCAAGAAAAUGGAGCAAAUGCUAGCGAUGCAACAAUUUCAAUUUAAACAGCACAAAUUGCGUUACAAUGAACAGACUCAAAAAUUACGCGAACAAUUAGCUGAAAUAAAAAAUGAAUAUGAAAUUUUAAAGACCAACAACAUCAGUAUAAAGAAUUCCGAGAGGAAUCUAAAAGAUCGUUCUGCCUAUAUAGAAGAACAAUUAGAAGAAAGUCAAAAUACCAUUUGCAGACUUAAAGCACAACUAGAGGAAAGUGAGUGGAAAGUAUGCGAACGAAAUGGAGAAUUAGCUUUACUUAAAACUCAACUUAAAGAGGCAACUAAUGAAUUGACUCUUAAGGAACAUGCGAUAGUGCAUUUAAAACACGAAAAUACCAAUGCUGAAACACAAAUUUACCAAAGUCUACAAGAAAAUCAUAAAAUGACCCAACAACACCGGCAGGAGGAACAACAAAAGGCCCAAACGCAAAAGGAAACCGAGACAGAGCUAAAACAACUUAAUAAAAUUGUCAUACUUAAAGAUCAGGUUAUUUUGGCCUUAACUAAUGAGUUGGCUAAAUUACGCAAAGAACUAUCAGAUUUGGCUAUAUUUCAUGAAUAUGGAGAAGAACCUUCGGGAAAGUAUACCAGACUAAAACAACAGUUGGAUAAUUUAACCGAUAUCUGUAAUAAAACACGCAAACAUACACAACAACGUAUUGAAAGCCAAAAAAGUGGUGAAAAACAAGAUAAUGAAAAGGUUAUCGAUGAUUGUAAUCUAGAAGUGAUAAUGAAUUGUUUAAAAAUAGCACCACCUUUAAUGGAGAGUGAUGGCAAUAUAGGCCAUUUGGAUUAUCAAGAGCGUGAAGAACUAGAAUUAAAUAAGUUAAAUGCAGAAAAACGUUUAGCCAAAAUGUCUAACGAUAUACAAAAUUUUGUCUAUGGCUCACAAAAUCUACCCGAUGUGGCCAUUAAUAUUAAGGCACUUAAUAAAUUGCCCUCUAGCAAAUUAGAAGAAAGUACUUUGGAUACAUUAAUCGAAGAAUCGGCCAGUUAUGCAGAAGAAAUAGCCAAAUUACGCAAACAGCUCGAUGAUGUUAGAGUUAAUUUUGAAUUGGAAAAACGCCAGUGGUCGGAUGAAAAGGAAAAGGUACUCAAGUAUCAGAAACAAUUACAGACUCAUUAUAUAAAUAUGUACCAAAAGUUGCGUAAUUUAGAAAAAUCCAAUGAAGUUUAAGGGGCGAGAAAAGAGAAAAACAUAAAACUCCAGCUGAUUUAAUUUAAAUAAUUUAAUAAUAUUUUAUUUUAUGUUAUUUUUAUAGUUUAAUAUGAAUUUAUUUUUCCAUUAUGUACUUUCAUUGUUAAGUUUUUUUUUUCAUAUAUAAUUAUAAAUUUUUAUUAUUUUAAUGUCUUCUUUAAAUAACAGAAAAAUAAUAAUUUAUAUUUAUUUACUUACUUUAACACGCUUGCAUCUGCAUGUCGGCAUAUUUUUGCAUAUUUUAAUCCAUUCGGAUAUGAUAAAAUAUCAAUAUAUUUAUUACAAUCAAAUAUUCAAAUGUAUUCCAAAUAUUUAUAUGUUCAGCUUUUAAGAAAAUUUAAAAAUUUUAAUGCAUUUUUAAAGUGUAUUCCCAAGAGUUUGUUGCAAUCAAUUAUUAAACGAACUCAAUUAUAAAAAUAUUAAAGUUUGAAUUAAAAAAAAAAAAC